GGGGCAGCCUGGGGCCCGGAGGGAAGGUGUAAGUGUGCCGUGUUAUCACUGGACGCCAGCUUUCUAUGCACAUAGGAUGCUAGGUGUAAUGGGGCCGGGUGGACUCUGGUAGUGAGAGCAGGGUGACGUCAGUGGCCAGAAAGCGUUCCUGUCCGAAGACCAGAGAAACUUGGCGUGAUCAGUGUCAAGAGCCAGGUAAAAAGGUCCAACUAAUGAGAAAGAAAGAACAAGAGAGGAAAGGGGAGAAUUCUGCUGCCACCAUGCAGAGAAGUAUUAUGUCAUUUUUCCAACCCACAAAAGAGGGUAAAGCAAAGAAGCCCGAGAAGGAGACAGCCAACAGCAUCAGAGAGAAGGAGCCCCCUCCAAAGGUGGCAUUGAAGGAGAGGAAUGGAGUGGUGCCUGGGAGUGAUUCUCCAGUGAAGAGACCAGGAAGGAAGGCAGCCCAGGUCCUAAGCAGCGAAGGGGAGGAGGAAGAUGACGCUCCUGGCACCCCCAAAGUCCAGAAGUCCGUUUCAGACUCCAAACAGAGCUCUCCUCCCAGCCCUGACACAUAUCCUGAGAACAGUCCUUCCUUCUCAGAAAGAAGCAGCCCCUCCAUGGACAUCUCCCCAUCAGGAUUCCCGAAGCGUCGCACUGCUCGGAAGCAGCUCCCGAAACGGACAAUUGAGGACACUGUGGAGGAACAGAAUGAGGACAAAGACAGAGCAGCCAAGAAAAGGAAGAAGAAAGAAGGUUCAACGUGGGCCACCGCACAGCAGAUGGAAGGAAAUGUGGCGGCGGCCGCGAACCCAGAAGCACAGACCCCAACAGAAAGCCUCACAGAGGCUGAAGAUGUAAAACAGAAGGAAGAAAAGGAGGGGGGCCAGCCCAUAGUGCCCCCUGAGCCUGCAAAGUCCCCUGAGUCAGUACCCCUGACAAAGACAGAGAACGUUCCAGUGUGUAAGGCUGGCGUGAAACAGGAGCCUCAAGAAGAGGAGCAGAGCAAGCCUCCUGCCAGAGGUGGCAAGACACUCAGCAGCUUCUUCAGCCCCCGGAAGCCAGCAGUGAAAGCUGAAGUGAAACAAGAAGAGUCAGGUACUCCAAGGAAGGAAGAGACCAAGGGAACCCUGGAUCCAACAAAUUACAAUCCUUCCAAGAGUAACUACCAUCCCAUUGAUGAUGCCUGCUGGAAACAUGGCCAGAAGGUUCCCUUUCUUGCUGUGGCCCGGACAUUUGAGAAGAUAGAGGAGGUUUCUGCUCGGCUCAAGAUGGUGGAGACACUGAGCAACCUGCUGCGCUCCGUGGUGGCCCUGUCACCUCCAGACCUGCUCCCUGUCCUCUACCUCAGCCUCAGCCGCCUCGGGCCACCUCAGCAGGGACUAGAGCUGGGUGUUGGUGAUGGUGUCCUCCUCAAGGCAGUUGCCCAGGCCACAGGUCGUCAGCUGGAGUCCGUCCGGGCUGAGGUAGCAGAGAAGGGUGAUGUGGGGCUGGUGGCCGAGAACAGCCGCAGCACUCAGAGACUCAUGCUGCCCCCACCUCCACUCACCACCUCCGGGGUCUUUACCAAAUUCUGUGACAUUGCCCGGCUCACUGGCAGUGCUUCCAUGGCCAAGAAGAUGGACAUCAUCAAGGGCCUUUUUGUCGCCUGCCGCCACUCGGAAGCCCGGUUCAUUGCCAGGUCCCUAAGUGGACGGCUGCGCCUUGGGCUGGCUGAGCAGUCAGUCUUGGCUGCACUUGCCCAGGCUGUGAGCCUCACACCCCCUGGCCAAGAAUUUCCCCCAGCUGUUGUGGAUGCUGGGAAGGGCAAGACAGCAGAGGCCAGAAAGAUGUGGUUGGAAGAACAAAGCAUGAUCUUGAAGCAGACCUUCUGUGAGGUGCCUGACCUGGAUCGAAUCAUCCCUGUGCUGCUGGAACAUGGCCUGGAACGUCUCCCAGAGCACUGCAGGCUAAGCCCAGGGGUCCCUCUUAAACCAAUGCUGGCCCAUCCCACUCGGGGUGUCAGUGAGGUACUGAAACGCUUUGAGGAGGUGGACUUCACCUGCGAGUACAAAUAUGAUGGGCAGCGGGCACAGAUCCACGUUCUGGAAAGUGGAGAGGUGAAGAUCUUCAGCAGGAACCAGGAAGACAACACAGGAAAGUACCCUGACAUUAUCAGCCGCAUCCCCAAGAUUAAACUCCCCUCAGUCACAUCUUUCAUCCUGGACACUGAGGCUGUGGCCUGGGACCGGGAAAAGAAGCAGAUCCAGCCAUUCCAAGUGCUCACCACACGAAAGCGCAAGGAAGUUGAUGCAUCAGAGAUACAGGUGCAGGUGUGUCUGUAUGCCUUUGAUCUCAUCUACCUCAACGGAGAGUCCCUGACUCGCCAGCCCUUGUCUCGACGGCGGCAGCUGCUCCGGGAAAACUUUGUGGAGACAGAGGGUGAGUUUGUCUUCGCCACCUCCCUGGACACCAAGGACAUUGAGCAGAUCGCUGAGUUCUUGGAGCAGUCGGUGAAGGACUCCUGUGAAGGGCUGAUGGUGAAGACCCUGGAUGUUGAUGCCACCUAUGAGAUCGCCAAGAGGUCACACAACUGGCUCAAGCUGAAGAAGGACUACCUUGACGGUGUGGGCGACACUUUGGACCUUGUAGUGAUUGGUGCCUACCUGGGCCGGGGGAAGCGUGCCGGCCGGUAUGGGGGCUUCCUGUUGGCUGCCUAUGAUGAGGAGAGUGAAGAACUGCAGGCCAUAUGCAAGCUGGGGACUGGAUUCAGCGAUGAAGAGCUGGAGGAGCAUCACCAGAGCCUACAGGCCCUGGUCUUGCCGACCCCACGCCCCUAUGUGAGGAUUGAUGGAGCAGUGGCCCCAGACCACUGGCUGGACCCAAGCGUCGUGUGGGAAGUGAAGUGUGCAGAUCUCUCCCUGUCCCCUGUCUACCCUGCUGCACGGGGCCUGGUGGACAAAGAGAAAGGGAUCUCCCUUCGUUUCCCUCGGUUCGUUCGCGUCCGUGAAGACAAGCAACCAGAGCAGGCCACCACCAGUGACCAGGUGGCCUGUUUGUACCGGAAGCAGAGUCAGAUUCAGAACCAGCAAAGCUCAGACAUGGACUCCGACUUUGAGGACUGCUAUUAAACCUCUAGCCUCCUGGGCCUGGGGCAGAGGUUGAGGGAACCUGGGUACUGUUACCUGGUGGUGUUGACUGGUGUGUGUAGGGACAUAGGGGUGGGAUACUGGGGCUGGGAUGCUUCAUUUUCUUCAAUAAAUGACUACUAAAUGCCUACUCUGUGAGGAGGUCCACACUGAG